UCACCAUUCUCUUUGCUUUGCCUUCAAAAGAGUGUUGCCAAAGGGAAAAAUAAAAACAAAAAUAUUAAUAAUAACACCAUUGACGUCGCUGGUUAAAGAAAAACGAUGAGCGAUGAAGGGAAAAACAGGGGUGUUACGGGCAACCCGCAAGGCGAGUAUUAUGGGACAUUUCAGGGCGUCGCCAACUACUACCCUUCUGUUCCACCGCCAUCGCUCCACCCUAUCGUCGGUUUCCCACAGCCGGUUCCACCUCAUGGAUCCAACCCUAAUCCUUACUACUAUGUACAUAAUACCAUUCCGACAGGUUAUGCGGUUAUUGAAGCUAGACCCCUGAUUGAACAUAGGCUACCAUGCUGUGGUCUGGGCAUGGGAUGGUUCUUGUUUAUUGUUGGCUUCUUUUUAGGUGGCAUUCCUUGGUAUGUUGGGACUUUUAUUCUACUUUGUGUACAAGUGGAUUACAGAGAAAAACCUGGAUAUGCUGCAUGUGCAAUAGCUUUUCACCAGUACCAGGUUGUUGGGAGAGGAUUGCCGACGGAGGCUGAUGACCACCCCAAGAUUUACCGGAUGAAGCUGUGGGCCACCAAUGAGUUUCGGGCUAAGUCCAAGUUCUGGUACUUCCUUAGGAAGCUGAAGAAGGUGAAGAAGAGCAAUGGCCAAGUCCUUGCUAUCAAUGAGAUCUUUGAGAAAAACCCAACCAAGAUCAAGAACUAUGGAAUAUGGCUGCGCUACCAAAGUCGAACUGGGUACCACAAUAUGUACAAGGAAUACCGAGAUACCACACUUAAUGGUGCUGUUGAACAAAUGUACACUGAGAUGGCUUCUCGUCACAGAGUCAGGUUCCCUUGUAUUCAGAUUAUUAAGACUGCAACUAUUCCAGCUAAGCUAUGCAAGAGAGAGAGCACCAAGCAGUUCCACAACUCCAAGAUUAAGUUUCCAUUGGUGUUCAAGAAGGUUAGACCACCAACCAGAAAGCUCAAGACAACAUACAAGGCAUCCAGGCCUAACUUAUUUAUGUAAUUCUGUCAUCUGAUGAAUGAGGUGGAAGUGGGUCUACUUUCGGAUUUCAUUUUUUUGACUUUUUGUCAUUUUUGUCUAUUGGAUAUUACUUUUGUUUGCAAAUCGUAUUUGAUAGAUUGGUAAGAUUUGAAAUUUGGGAUUUUGGAAGUUGCUGGGACAUGAAACAGUUAUUUUUACUAUGGAGUAAUGUUUGAUGCUCUAA